CGCCCGCCCCGUGGGGGUGCCCGGAUGUGGCCGCGCCGGAAGAGAAGCGCGUCUCCUCAGGGCCCGCCAUCUUGUGCGGCAGCGAGCAGGGCGCGGGGGGCCCGGUAGCAUCCGCGCAGGAUCCCGCCGACGGGGGCCCAUCAUGCCCGGACACCUGCAGGAGGGCUUCGGGUGCGUCGUCACCAACCGCUUCGAUCAGCUCUUCGAUGACGAGUCCGACCCCUUCGAGGUGUUGCGCGCGGCGGAGAGCCGGAGGAAGGAGAGCGGCGGCGGCGGCGGCGGGAGCCAAGCGGGCGGCGGGGCCCGCGGCCCGGCGGGCGCCCAGAGCGGCUCCUCUGGCGGGGCCGGCGGAGCAGGCCAGGCGGGCGGCGGCGCGGGCAGCGCGGCCAAGCAGCUGCGCAGGGAGUCGCAGAAGGAGCGCAAGAACCCGCUGCCGCCCUUCGCCGGCGGGGACCGCCGGGAGGAUGGCGGGGGCCAGCCCGGAGCGCCGCUGCGGAAGGAGGGGAUAAGGAGGAUUGGCAGGAGGCCUGACCAGCAGCAGCAGCAGCAGCAGCAGGGCGAGGGCAAGCCCAUCGACAGGAGACCCGAGCGACGGCCUCCCCGCGAGCGCCGCUUCGAGAAACCCGCCGAGGACAAGGGCGAGGGAGGAGAGUUCUCCGUGGAUAAACCCAUCCUGGAGCGGCCCAUGCGUGGCCGUGGCGGCCUGGGCCGGGGCCGUGGCCGUGGGCGCGGCAUGGGCCGAGGCGACGGCUUUGACUCUCGUGGCAAACGGGAAUUUGACAGACACAGCGGCAGCGAUAGAUCUUCUGUUUCACAUUCACAUUUCAGCGGCCUAAAGCACGAGGACAAGCGCGGUGGCAGCGGAUCACACAACUGGGGAACCGUCAAAGACGAGCUAACUGAAUUGGAUCAGUCAGCUGUAACUGAGGAAACGCCGGAGGGAGAGGAGCAUCCGCCUGCUGAUUCUGAAAACAAGGAGAAUGAGGUUGAAGAGGUGAAGGAGGAAGGCCCCAAGGAGAUGACCCUGGAUGAGUGGAAAGCCAUUCAAAGCAAGGAUCGUGCGAAAGUCGAGUUCAACAUCCGCAAACCCAACGAGGGAGCUGAUGGGCAGUGGAAAAAAGGAUUUGUGCUCCACAAGUCAAAGAGCGAGGAGGCUCACGCUGAGGACUCGGUCAUGGAUCACCACUUCCGCAAGCCGGCCAACGACAUCACAUCCCAGCUGGAGAUCAACUUUGGAGACCUGGGCCGCCCCGGGCGCGGCGGCAGAGGGGGCAGGGGCGGCCGGGGCCGCGGGGGCAGGGCCAGCCGUGGGGGCAGGACCGACAAGUUGGUCAAGGAGUUUGAUGUGAUCCACACGCCCAACCAGUCAAGUGCUUCUGCUCCUGACGUAGAUGACCCAGAGGCUUUCCCAGCUCUGUCCUAAACUGGAUGUCAUAAAGCCAACCCUGCCCUGGUCGGGCCUUCCUCUCCGAGGCUUGCAUGCUUAAGGAUCCUAAAACAACUAAGAAAUUGAAAAAAAAAACAAAAGAAAACAAAAAAAAAAAAGACUGUCAUUCAUACCAUUCACACCUAAAGACUGAAUUUUAUCUGUUUUGAAAAUGAACUUCUCUCGCUACACAGAAGCAACAAAACAUGGUAGUCAAGUUUUGUAUUUAGAAAUGUAAUGGUAGCAGGGAUGUUUUCAUAAUUUUUUCAGAGAUUAUGCAUUCUUCAUGGAUACUUUUUUGUAUUGCUGCUUGAAAAUAUGCGUUUCCAAACUUGAAAUAUAGGUGUGAACAGUGUGUACCAGUUAAAAGCUUUCCCUUCA